AUGACGGACAUUGACCUUGGAAAUGGAUGGAUAAUUCAUGAACACUGCAAGGUUUAUCUGUUCACUUCCCCACAAAGGAUUGUUGGAUGCCUUGUUGCUGAAGCAAUCAAAGAGGUGUCCAAAGUUAUCUCUUGCUCAAGUGCUGGAAAUUCUGAUGGCAGAUUAGACACCGCCCAUGGUGGGGCAAUAUUCUGUGAAGACAAAGCAGUCACUGCAGUUUGCGGCAUUAGAGCCAUAUGGAUGCCUUCCUCCAACAGAAGAAAACGCAUUGCCCGCCAAUUGCUAGAUGCUGUGAGGAAAAGUUUCUACAUGGGUUUCGUGCUUGAGCAUUCUCAGUUAGCAUUCUCUCAGCUAACAACGGCAGGAAUGGCGUUAGCAUCAGGCCACACUGGCAGUUGA